CUACUUGCUUCCCUAUUUAUGUGAAUGUAAUGAGUUCUAGUUUUCGAUCAAAUUUAAACCGAAAGACGAAAACUACUACAAUUAAGGAGAGAAGUCGUUUCCUACUGUCAAAAAUGUUGUCAAUGAUACACUGCUUGUGUUAUAUCAAUAUGAUGAUUAUGGCUAAUUACUUAACUACAGGUGCAUCAGCAAUAUCUCAUACCAAUUUCAGCACAGAUCAGUCUGCGCUUCUUACUCUCAAGGCUCACAUCACUAGUGAUCCUCAAAACAUCUUGACCGCCAACUGGUCGUCUGCCUCCAAUUUCGACAUUUGCAACUGGGUUGGCGUUAGCUGUGGUGCUGGCCACCACAGAGUCACGGCGUUAAAUCUCUCGCACAUGGGUCUUGCCGGAGUUAUUCCUCCGCAUCUAGGCAACCUAUCAUUUCUCGUUGAGUUGGGCCUUAAGAAUAAUAGCUUUCAUGGUCCCCUACCGCAAGAACUAUCUCGUUUGCACCGGUUGAAGGCGAUUAACUUUGGAAACAACAGCUUUAUGGGAACCAUUCCUUCGUGGUUUGGGUCCUUUCCUAAACUUCAAACCAUCAAAUUGUACGGUAAUGGCUUCUCUGGUUUCAUACCCGCUGCUAUCUUCAACUUAUCUGGACUCGAAAUAAUUAAUCUGAGCAGGAACCAACUAUCAGGUAACAUACCCAGAGAAAUCGGCAACUUAACAAUGGUGAAGGGCAUAUACCUUGACGACAACAAGUUUGAAGAACUUCCGAACGAGAUAGGCAGUUUAGGUCAGCUGGAGGAGUUGUUUGUGCAAGACAAUGCCCUAAAAGGCUCUGCUUUUGUGCCUGUCCUCAACAUAUCUUCUUUGACUACUUUGGCUCUAUUUGGAAACAACAUGAGUGGCAAUCUUCCGGACAAUAUAUGUGAGCAUCUUCUGAGUAUUCGAAUAUUUAAUUUGGGUCGAAACCAGUUUGACGGUCUUAUUCCCUCCAAACUGUGGCAAUGCAAAGAGCUUCGUGAACUGACAUUAGGGUAUAACAAUUUCCGUGGAAGCAUACCCAAAAGUCUUUGCAAUUUGACCUACUUAACCGAGAUUUAUCUUGAUAACAAUAAUUUAACAGGUAGCAUACCCAGAGAAAUAGGCAACUUAACAAUGGUGAAGGUCAUAAGCCUUAGAGACAACAAGUUCGAAGAACUUCCAAACGAGAUGAGCAGUUUAGGCCAGCUGGAGGAGUUGUAUGUGCAGUUCAAUGCCCUAAAAGGCUCUGCUCUUGUGCCUGUCCUCAACAUAUCUUCUUUGACUACUUUGGCUCUAUAUGGAAACAACAUGAGUGGCAAUCUUCCGGACAAUAUAUGUGAGCGCCUUCCGGGUAUUCGAAUAUUUAAUUUGGGUCGAAACCAGUUUGACGGUCUUAUUCCCUCCAAACUGUGGCAAUGCAAAGAGCUUCGUGAACUGACAUUAGGGUAUAACAAUUUCCGUGGAAGCAUACCCAAAAGUCUUUGCAAUUUGACCUACUUAACCGAGAUUUAUCUUGAUAACAAUAAUUUAACAGGUAGCAUACCCAGAGAAAUAGGCAACAUAACAAUGGUGAAGGUCAUAAGCCUUAAGGACAACAAGUUCGAAGAACUUCCAAACGAGAUGAGCAGUUUAGGCCAGCUGGAGGAGUUGUAUGUGCAGUUCAAUGCCCUAAAAGGCUCUGCUCUUGUGCCUGUCCUCAACAUAUCUUCUUUGACUACUUUGGCUCUAUAUGGAAACAACAUGAGUGGCAAUCUUCCGGACAAUAUAUGUGAGCGUCUUCCGAGUAUUCGAAUAUUUAAUUUGGGUCGAAACCAAUUUCACGGUCUUAUUCCCUCCAAACUGUGGCAAUGCAAAGAGCUUCGUGAAUUGAAUUUAGAAGAUAACAAUUUCCGUGGAAGCAUACCCAAAAGUCUUGGCAAUUUGACCUACUUAACCAAGAUUUAUCUUGAUAACAAUAAUUUAACAGGUACAAUACCGGAUGAGAUUAGUGAUCUUCUACAGUUAGAGGUGUUGUCACUGGGUAUUAAUAAUCUCAGCGGCGUCAUCCCAUCCAAACUCUUCAAUCUCUCCAUGAUAAGAAUAAUAUCGUUUUCUUUUAAUCAGCUCUCAGGUAGCCUCCCAGCAAACAUUGGUCUUAACGUUCCAAACCUAGAAUUCCUUUAUGUAGCCAGAAAUAACCUCGUGGCUGGACUACUCCCUAACCUCUCCAAUGCUUCCAAGCUCAAGAAGCUAGACAUGAGCCAAAACUCAUUUACCGGGUUUCUUCCUAGCACGCUCUGUUCCUUGAAAAACCUCGAGUACCUUAACUUGCACUCGAAUAAUUUGACAAUUGAUGCUUCUACUCCACAAGCAGCAAGCACUCUCUCUUGCUUGUUUAAUCUUAGAAAUUUGACAAGAUUAACCUUAGAAGAUAAUCCACUAAACACUAUGAUUCCAGCUUCUCACAGGAAUCUCUCUACGUCACUCCUAUAUCUUGGUUUAAGAAAUUCCAACAUCAGGGGUAACAUUCCCGUUGAUAUUGGCAACUUGAGCAGCUUGAUAUCAUUAAACCUGGGAAACAAUCAGUUGAGGGGAGCAAUUCCAACUUCAAUACAAAGGCUACAAAAUCUCCAAGGUUUGUAUUUGGAUAAUAACGAACUACGAGGACAUAUCCCGGAUGAACUCUGUCAACUAGGCAACCUAGCCGAGUUAAGUUUGGGUGGUAAUCGUCUAUCUGGUUCUCUUCCUUCCUGCUUGGGUACUUUGGCAAGAGCUCUAAGAGGUCUAUUUUUAGGGUCCAAUUCGUUAACUUCUAAAGUACCAUCUUCCUUGUGGGAACUCAAGUAUAUAUUGCACCUAGACUUGUCAUCUAAUUAUCUAGUUGGACCACUCUCGGAAGACAUCGGAAAGUUGAAAGAUGUGCUGAAUAUGGACUUGUCAAAUAACCAUUUCUCUGGAAACAUUCCCAGUAGCAUUGGUGAUCUUCAAAAUAUGAUUACUCUGUCCUUGGCAAACAAUUAUUUAGAAGGCCCUAUUCCCAGUUCAUUUAAAACCUUGCUGAGCCUAGAAUUCUUGGAUAUGUCCAAAAACAAUCUAUCUGGAGUGAUCCCAAAGUCAUUGGAAGCACUCUUGUAUCUCAAGCAUCUGAAUUUGUCUUUCAACAAACUCCAAGGAGAAAUUCCAACCGACGGGACUUUCAGAAACUUCUCUGCUGAUUCAUUUGUAUCAAACGGUGCACUUUGCGGUGCUUCCCGAUUCCACGUUCCAUUGUGCAAAUAUAAAACAGCAGUUAAGCCCAAUUGGAGGAAAGCUAUAUGUAUCAUCUCAGGGGUCAUGUCAGUAAUACUCCUAGCCGUUGCUGCAUUGAUUCUGAUACUAUGCAGGAAAAGGAAUGUUGAAGUUGUAAGAGAAACUGCCUUGCUACAUCAAGUUCUUUGGAGAAGAGUUUCGCGCCUAGAACUUGUAAAGGCAACAAAUGGACUUCACGAGAGUAACUUACUAGGCACAGGGGGGUUUAGCUCAGUAUACGGAGGAACACUUUCAGACGGGAUACAUAUCGCCGUCAAGGUUUUCAAUUUACAGCAAGAAGGGGCAUUCAAGAGUUUUGAUAAGGAAUGUGAAAUGCUAAGCAAUAUCCGUCAUCGGAAUCUUAUUAAAAUCAUAAGUUGCUGUGAUGAACUUGAUUUCAAAGCCUUGGUACUUCAAUUGAUGCCUAAUGGAAGCCUCGAACAGUGGUUGUAUUCUCCAAAACGCUCCUUGAAUAUCCUGCAGAGGUUGGAUAUAAUGAAAGAUGUUGCAUUGGCACUAGAAUAUCUUCAUCAUGGUUACUCGAUACCUAUCGUUCAUUGUGAUGUGAAACCAAGCAAUAUACUACUAGAUGAUGAUAUGGUUGCACAUGUUGCUGAUUUUGGCAUUGCAAGACUCGUUAGCGGUGGAGAUUCGAUGACAGAAACCAUGACUCUAGCCACAGUUGGAUAUAUGGCUCCAGAGUUCGGGAUCGAAGGAAGCAUUUCGAUGAGUGGGGAUGUGUAUAGUUUUGGUAUUGUACUCAUAGAGACAUUCACAAAAAGGAAGCCAACAGAUGAGAUGUUUGUUGGGGAAAUGAAUUUAAAGCAAUGGAUUGCAGAUUCAUUAUUUCCAGAUGCUACUAUAGAUGAAGUUGUGGAUGCCGAUAUACUCGGGACAGAGGAAGAUGGUGAUUUCGUGAGCAAGAGGGAUUGCUUAUCAUCCAUUAUGAGAUUAGCUUUAGCUUGCACUGCAGCAUUGCCGAGAGAGAGAAUUAACAUGAAAGAUGCUGCAAUCUCACUCACCAAAAUCAAGACUAGGUAUUUGAAGGACUGUGAAGGUGUGAACUCUUAGUUCUUUUUGUUCUCUAUAUUGUCGGAUCCAUUUUCUUAUUGUUGUUUUCGAUCUGCAAAGCCUACAUUAGUUUCGUAUAGUGACAGAUAUGACAGUAUGUGGAUAUUCCUUAAAUUGAAAUGUUGUACCUGUAUUUGACUAGGCAAUAUGACCAGCAGUACCAAGAUUGCAAUUCCAA